AUGCCAACGAAAACUCGCUGGGCACUUAAUCCAAAAAAGUGGUUCGAUAAUAUGUCAAAUAGCACGCAAAAACGUGAUAGAAUUGAUAAUAUAUUACCAGCAGCAACACGAGGAUUAUCCUUAUCAACACAUACUAUACAUCUUUCUCGAUCAAAAAAUAAAGCAAAAGUAACACCAGUUAUGUUAUCAGCUGAUGCAAAUAAACAUAAUGCAGCUAUAUUAACGCCUAUGACACAAUUUCAAUUACCAGCAUUUAGUGUUAGACGUGAUAGAACAUCAUUAUUAUUUUCAUCCAUAUCAGGUAAUCGUCAAAAUACAUUUUUUCCUACUCAUACUGAACCAACUAUACGUAAACGUGGUCGUUGUGAAAAAGAAGAACUUUCAAUUGAUACAACCCGAUCAAUUACUCAACCAACACAAACAAUUAUAUCUGCUUCAUUAACAAGUGAAAAUAUUCAACAAAAUACUGCAAUAAAACCAACGGAAAUGACUCUAUCAAAUAUGUCACAUCAUUGUUUAAUUGAUUAUCCAAGACGUUCAUCAGAUCCAAUUGUAGAAUCUACAUCACCAGCAAAUUCUUCAUCAGCAUCAUCUGCAGUUAAUGAUAAUGAUUAUUCAUCGGCAAGUGAAUUAUUUAAUGAUAUAUCUAAUUAUAAUAAAUCAGAACAACAAUUAUUAAGACUAAAAGCUCUUUCAGUUGAAUCCAUAGCUGAUUCUGAAACAUCAUUCAAAAACUUUCCUUCUCGUCCUAUUAUACAUUAUCAUCGAAGGUUAAUAAAUACUUCAAAUAUAAAUGGUAAUAAUACUCAAUUACAAGGACAACAAAUCUUUAGAUCAUCAUCUCGUUCACAUAGUCUUGAAGAUAUUUUUGAAGAUAGUCAAACAUUUUCAACAAUAAUAAAACGUCCACAAUCAUCAGUACUUAAUGAUAAAAAUAUAGAAACAUCGAAAUUUAAUCAUAAUGCUCAUAAUACAUAUGAUUUAACUAUUGAUACAAUUGAUGAAUUAUCUAAUUGUUCUAAAAGUCCUGUAGAUUCAUUUGUAGGUGGUUCAUAUUCUGAUGAGUCACUUCGUCCAGCCUAUGAUGAAGAAUGUUAUGCAACAUUACCACGUGGAAGUUCAACUGAACAAAUAAAUAAUAAUACACAACAUGAUCUUCGUACUAUUGUUGAUGAAUGUCUUCGUCCAAUAGUAGAUUCAAUUGGUAAAAAUCGUCCAACAAAAAAUCAACAUCGUUCAAAACGUGCUAGUAUUAAUAGUGAUCAAACACAAUUAAUUAUUGAAGAUAUCACCGAUAAAUUAUCGUCUAGUUUGGACUAUUCGAUAUAUACACAGCAUCAAAGAUGUUGCUGA